GUUUCGCCGCCUGGCCAGUGUCCGUGAUCUUCUGCCUUCGGCGACGAUGGCAAGCACGGCAUGGCAUCGAUAGCGUCCGCGGCGCUAUCAAAAGCCUUGAGCCCGAGCUCGGGCGCUUUCUGGAAGACUGGGAAGACCGUAGCCGCAGGCUUUCUGCCUCCGAAGCGCCGUCACUGGAUGAGUUGAUGUUCCGGGCGCAUGCGCUGCCUCUGCUCGGCGUUCCCGAGGAGUUGUGCCCGCUGGCCCCUGCGCUGCAGCAGUGGCUGAGAGGCUGCACGGAGGCCAUAGGAGCUCGCCUGGAGAUGGCCAGGAGCCAAGAGACGUCCUCUGCACCGCUCCGCUGGGCUUCUGCGGAG